CCAGCUUCAUCCACCACCAGCGGACAACCAGAGUCAGCCUCCACCUCCACCUCCACUUCCACCACCUUCUCCAACACUGCUACCGACUCCUCCUCUUCGACAUUAUUUUCCCCUUCCCGGUCUCUGUCUACUCGUGUUGGUUGCAGACUUCAUAGACGCCAACUUACCUCCGGCUUUCGUGUUCCUUUCCGCAUCCGAUUUCGACCGCACCCCUCGCCCCCACCAACAGCACACGACCGCCAGUUCCAGUAAGAUCUCCAGGGAGUGUUCGUUGGCUAUGGUGUUGCCAACAGCUUGAUAGUAAAUCGGAGGACGUGAGAGGCUUCGCGCUUUGCACGCGAGGAACGCGUUCAUUCUCGAUAUCGAGGGGCGGGGCCAACAGCACCACGAAGCAGCAAUCUUCCACCAUGGAACCUCCAGCACGGCCAACUUCACAAAGAUGCAGCACGAUGGGGCAGAGUGCUAGCCCAAAUACCUUGCAGAAUUACGUAUCAGAGGGCUCGCCGAGUCCUUUUGUCUCGAAUCCGAAGUCUAUGCAUCCCAAGUCCGAGAUCCUACGGCCUCGCUCGAGAAGCCAGACCGUCUCAAUGGGAUGGGAAGAAGACGAGGAGACUACUUCACGUCGGACCUCAAGACUGAAGAUUGAGAUGGCAGAAUGUAUAGAGACAAAGACAGUCACAACCACAACUACCACAAAAAGAGCAUAUCCUUCUCUUCCAUUUCCAAACCGGGCACUAGAUUUGCUCGAUGCAAAGGAAUAUCCCCUGGCACUCAAGCCAACCCCUCUUCAACUUAGGAAUAUUUCUUACGAGGUUCAUGUACAAGACGAAGAGGAUUUUUCGAUUAGCCCACCGAAAAUUCAACGAAAGGUUUGUUCUUUGAGGAAAUCAUACUAGUUCACAAUGAAGGAAGCUAAUAGUCACGUAAUUAGACCUCGCGAGUAGAUACAACAUCGGCCAUACAGAGUCGCCUGCAAAGGAAAGAUGAGCAAGAAGUAUCGAGAAGCGAGGGCCGUCGGGCAUCAGGCACUUUACAAUCAAGCGAACGCCAGAAGCCUUUACGAUUCAACAAAAAAUUGUCUCUCUUUAAUGCAGAUGGGCAGGGUCGACUGGCAGGGAGAAGUCUUCAUUCACGGUCGAGAUCUCCAAAGUCUGGAAAAGCACGCAAAAACCAUCGCGACGUUGAGCAUCCCCAGGAUGGUCAGUCAGAGACCCCAGAAACACGAACACAACCUUUCGGGCUGGGUAUGCCUAUCACAAAGCGCAAUAAAUUUCCAGAAACCCCAGAUAUGUCGGAGAUGGAAUCAUCGUCACUGGAACGUAAUCAUCCGCCUAAUUUCAACUCAGAAGCUUAUACACCGCAAUCUGGGUUGAGCCACAAUCAUUCCUUUGAAGACCUCAUAGAUGCAGAGAGCCAGGAGUCUUUUGCCAAUGCCGUUGCAACCCCUCCUAUAGCCGAAUCCGACCUUGAACUGCUCGACGACUCCAAUUCAUCUUUCGGUAAUUCGGCACUCCACCGCCCAGUUCUCAAUACCGCAUUUGCUCAAAAUGCCAGCCUUCCAAGUCCUGGCCUCUCGCCUACUUUUGCAGCUGCUGAACUUCAUGAAGACGAGUAUAUCAAAUCUGCAGCCAUCGAUGGCGACUCGACCGCUGCUACGAGCCCCGAAACGCAGUCCGGUGAUACCCAGGAGACACUUGAUAAUGACGAAAUAAUUCGUGCGAUGGAACAGGCUGGACCACCGGGUGAUUUAACUCGAAUCCGUGUCCCAUCCAUCAUGGAUAGUCGAUCAAUGCUUCAGACUUUUGAAUCAAUGCCUAAUGAUAUGAAAACCUUGAUGAUGUAUCAAUUUCUUCGAAGAUGCCCUCGGAAAACGCUGCAUGUAUUAGCAGAUGUAAUUGGCCCUGCUCUCAAAUGCGACUUUUUAGAGCAAUUGCCUGCUGAGUUGAGUCUUCACGUCCUGAGGUUCUUGAACCAUAAGGAUUUGUGCCGCGCUGCUCGGGUCUCAAAACACUGGAGAAAUGUCAUUGAUACCAACGAGACAGGCUGGAAAGAACUUUUGGACCGUGACGGAUUUAUCCUCCCUCCCGGAGAGCUUGAAAAGGCAAUUCAUCAAGGUUGGGGUUGGCAGGAUCCCUAUGGACCAAACAGCGGCGAGGAAGAUCUGAGUGUCCUACCUGGUCCUCACGCGGACGGUGACAUAUCUCUUCUCUCUAGUACCAAGAACAUCGAAGAGCCCAUUCGAAAACCUCGCUCAAGUAGCAAGAGAAAACGUAUUACCGGCGGACUGGGAUCUGACCGUGCAAAACGCCGGGCUUUUGGCCAUACAGAUAAAGGAAAAUCUUCAACAACUGGAUUUCACAAGUCUGAGGGUCCUUUGACCGCAGCCACUUCGGCCGCUGCAGCUGUUCCAGAUCCAAGACGAGGCUUGCCUGGUCUAAGGAAACUCCACCUUUUCAAAUCUCUUUAUAGACGCCACUACCUGCUCAAGAAUAGUUGGAUGAAUCCUGAGGUUGUUCCACAUCACUUUGCCUUCCCAGCCCAUCCAGCUCAUGUCAUCACAUGUCUCCAAUUCGAUGAUGAUAAGAUUAUUACCGGAAGUGAUGAUGCCCUCAUACAUGUAUAUGAUACCAAGACGGGCGCCUUGAGGAAGAGGCUUGAAGGUCACGAGGGUGGUGUUUGGGCAUUGCAGUAUCAAGGAAACGUUCUCGUCUCUGGAUCUACUGAUCGAUCAGUUCGUGUCUGGGAUAUCGAAAAAGGAUUGUGUACUCAGGUUUUCCACGGUCAUACUUCCACAGUGCGGUGUCUACAGAUUCUAAUGCCCGAAAAUAUUGGCAAGACUGAGAAAGGUCAGGCAAUCAUGAUUCCGGAAAAACCAUUGAUCAUCACAGGAUCACGAGACUCCCAACUUAGAGUGUGGAGGUUACCGGAGCAGGGAUCCAAACGUUAUAUCCAGACCUCCCCCCCACUGAAUGAUGCAGAUUGCCCUUAUUUUGUUCGUGUUCUGGGUGGGCAUACCCACUCUGUACGAGCUAUCGCUGCACAUCGCGAUACUUUGGUCAGCGGUAGCUACGAUAAUACCGUCAGAGUAUGGAAGAUAUCCACGGGCGAGACAUUACACCGAUUGACUGGACAUGCCAUGAAAGUCUACAGUGUUGUUCUCGACCACAAACGUGACCGAUGCAUUAGUGGAUCCAUGGACAAUUUCGUCAAGAUAUGGUCUCUUGAAACUGGUGCAUGUUUGUUCACUUUGGAAGGGCAUACUUCUCUGGUUGGAUUACUUGACCUUGCAGACGAAAGGCUGGUCUCGGCCGCUGCUGAUUCGACAUUGAGAAUAUGGGAUCCAGAAAACGGCCAGUGUAAGAGCACAUUGACGGCUCACACUGGCGCCAUCACCUGUUUCCAACACGAUGGCCAAAAGGUCAUUUCUGGAUCAGACAGAACGUUAAAAAUGUGGAACAUCAAGACCGGUGAAUGUAUGAAGGAUCUCCUGACCGAUCUCAGUGGUGUUUGGCAAGUCAAAUUCGACGAACGCAGAUGUGUAGCCGCCGUUCAGCGCGAUAAUCUUACAUACCUUGAGGUAAUUUUACCUCGUGUUCAUUUCCUUAUGUUAUCUUACUGACUUGCUUUUAGGUUCUCGAUUUCGGCGCUUCAAGAGAUGGAAUUCCAGCAUCCCAGCGUGGCUUUCGGAAUCUCUUACAAUUAGACGAUGCUCGAGCACCAGUAGAGGAGGUUGAUGAGGUCUAGUGAUGAUUCCGCGCUCAUGACUAACUUCUUUAAUUAUGAAAGGAAAUUCAGAUGCUGGCAGACGAAUAGCAUUGUAUGGAGUAUAGGUCUAUCGAUCCCUUUUUUUCGGAUCAUGGUUUUUCUGGUGGAUUUUGCUUUCGGGAUACAGUGUCAUCACUUUGGCGCAUGGUUGAUGGGUGGAAUUGGCAGGGCAAUGUUCGCUUAUUCGGUUUGCAUUGCAUAGCGUGGGGUAUUUUGC